AAGGGGCUUGGAGUGGAGCGCAUGGCCCUAAGGGGCACAUGGGAGCCCUGACGGAGCGAGGGAGCCAUCGGGGGCAGGAGCUGGGCCCUGGGUGCAGAAUCUGCUGACGGAGGGCCUGGGCAGCAAGAGGCAGCAAGUCCCCCUCCCCUGCCCAUCCCACCCUGCUGCCAGGCUGGUGCUCUCCGCUCUCCACCUCUCCAGCUGCACCCGCUGCUUCCUGCUGUUGGAGGCUGCCCCAGGAAUCCCCCUGAACUGAACCCAGAUGGGGGCCCUGCAAGGGGCCCUGGGCAAGGCUGCUUUGGGGCAGUAGCAGCACACAGUCUCCCCCCCCCCCCCUGCUGUCACCAUCACUCCUGGAGGCAUUGCGAGGAGAAAGCUCUCUGGCAAGAUGCAGGACAAACUCCACAUCCUGGAGGACCUGAACAUGUUGUACAUCCGACAGAUUGCCCUCAGCCUGGAGGGCACAGACAUCCAGAAGAAAAUCGACCAUGAGAUCCGCAUGCGGGAAGGGGCCUGCAGGCUGUUGGCGGCCUGCACCCAGCGACAGCAGGCACUCGAGGUCACCAAGAGCCUGCUGGUCUGCAACAGCCGCAUCCUGGCCUACAUGGCUGAGCUGCAGCGCAUGAAGGAAGCGCAAGUCAUGCAGCGCAUGGCUCGACGCCCUUCAGAUGCUGGUCCUGCGGAUGAUCGCUUGCCAUGUCGGGGCAGAGUCUGCAUCUCAGAUCUACGGAUCCCCCUGAUGUGGAAGGACACAGAAUAUUUCAAGAACAAGGGUGACCUGCAUCGUUGCGCUGUGUUCUGCCUGCUUCAAAUCGGCACAGAAAUCUAUGACACGGAGAUGGUGCUGGUCGAUCGGACGCUGACCGACAUCUGCUUUGAGAGCACAAUCCUCUUCACGGAGGCUGGCCCAGACUUUGAGCUGAAAGUAGAACUAUACAGCGCAGGCCUGGAGGAGGAUUCGGCGCUUGGCAACACUCCCAAGAAAUUGGCCAGCCGCUUGAGCAGCUCUCUGGGUCGCUCGUCUGGGAAACGGGUCCGAGCUGCCCUCGAUGGGGUGCCUGGCAGCCCUGGCAGCAAUGGUGGGAGCAGCCCCCUGCUGUUGCCAGCCCCCAGCGUGGCCGGCCCCAAGUACCAGCUGUUGGCGUGCACCACCCUCCGCCUGGCAGAUGUCCAGGACGCCUUCCGCACCCACGACCUCGUUGUCACCGGCAACGAGGACAGCUCCUUCUGGCUUCCCCUUUAUGGCAGCGUCUGUUGUCGCCUGGCCGCCCAACCCAACUGCAUGUUGCACCAGGUGAUGCGUGGCUUCCUGAAGGUGCAGCAGGGGGAGCAGCAAGGCUGGCUGAGGCUGUUUUGCCUCCUGCGUGGGUCCAAGCUCUUCUGCUACCAGCGCCCCCAAGAUGCCGAGACCCAGGAGGAACCAUCCCUCACCAUUGCGGUCAACAAGGGGACACGCAUCCGGGCCACCGAGAAGGACCCCAAGAAUCGACUGCAUAGUAUGUCGGUAACAAACCGCUAUGGGGGAGAGGAAGUGACCCACACAUUACUGCCAGAGUCCCGGGCUGAGACACAGCGCUGGAUGGAAGCCUUUUGGCAGCACUUCUACGAUAUGAGCCAGUGGAAGCACUGUUGUGAGGAGCUCAUGAAGGUGGAGGUCCCCUCACCGCGCCGCCCCCCAGCUCUCCUACAGAAGCAGGGGUCCUUGUACCACGAGAUGGCUAUUGAGCCAGUGGAUGACAUUGAGGCCGUGACGGAGAUCUUGGCCCGUCGCCUCUCAGGCCGCCUGGGAAACCCUUCGUGGCUGUCUCUCUUCGAGGGCUCCUCUUGCAGCGUGGCUUCGGACAGCGACAGCAGUUCCAGCACAAGCCCGUGCCCCCCGUACCCGCCUUGGGGCCGGCCCCGCACCCUAUCCCUGGAUGCCAAGCUCAGCACCCUGAAAGGACGCUCGUCCCGCCCGCUGCAGUCACCCAGGGCGCGGGGCCCCUCCAGCUCCAGCUCCUCUGGCAGUGGCAGCCCCACCCUGGAGCCCGAGCUCCCCCCUCGGCCCCAGCCCAGAUUUGACCCCUGCUUGUGGCUGCAGUCCCAGGUCUGAGCACGUGCAGGAUGGAGCCACCAGGGGCUGUGGGUUGAGAGUGGAAAAUGACUGGGCAGAGGCCUGGAUGCGUCCAGACCCUCUUCCUGCUGGGCACUGCGCCCCCAGCUGAUAGGUGGCUCCUUGCAGCUUCAGGCUGGGCUCGCUCCUAGCUGCUGUCUAACAAGCCAUGCUCUCCAUGCUUCUGCCCCCCUCCCACAGCCCUUGGGGGCUAUGGAGCCCAUGCCUACUUCCCAUGAGCUUGGCGGGGGGGGGGGCUAAAUAACUGUCCUCUCCUGCAGUCUCCCUUUCAGCAGGAAAAAAGCACCUUUCCUUUCGUUGAUGAGAAACUGGAAUAAUUUGGUUUGCAAAAUAAAUUGGGGGAGGGAAGCCUACUGGAAUCUCAACUGGGAGCCAGUGGCCAUUCCUUCCCUGGGACAGGGAGGGGCCCCCAGCAAGGCCUUGAACUCUGCCCCCCUGCUUGCCCCCCUGUUUCUAACACUCCCCCUGAAUUUCAGAGAUUCUUGCCAAUACAAGAGGUGGGGGUGCUUGCUGCAAGCAGGCAGGUGUGCUCCCUCCCCAAAUGUGUUUGUCUGUCAAGGGGCAGGGCCACCUCUGUUCCUUUAAUAUGCAUUAAAAUGUAUUUAACA